AUGCCGCCUUACGAUAGCGAGUCCUCCGAUGAGGGCGAGGAAUACACCGAGACCAACGUACUGCUCGGCUUUGCGACCCAGGACGCUACAGGAGACGCUGUUUCUCACAUUGGCGGCGCACCCAGCUGGAUCGAUGGCAAGACAGCGCCUUCUGGCGCGCUCGCCAAAUGCAAAGUAUGCAACGGCCUUGUCAGCCUCCUGCUCGAGCUCAACGGCGACCUACCUGACCACUUUCCUGGCCACGAGCGACGACUGUACAUCUGGAGCUGCCGGCGAAAAGCAUGCAGGAGGAAGGAGGGCAGUGUGAGGAGUGUCCGUGGGGUGCGCGUUGCAAAGGGCGCAUCGGCCAAGUCGAGCGUCAAGCCGGAGAAGAAAGAGGUUUAUCAAGAAGAAGCGAAGCCACACCCUAAGAUUGGGGAAUCACUUUUCGGCGUGAAGAGCAGCACAGGCUCGGCAACACCUGCGAACCCCUUUUCGAACCCCUUCUCCUCGAACUCGAAUGGCACAGCACCAGCGAAUCCAUUUGCUUCGCCCGCCAGCGCCAACCCGUUCGCCGCUCCCACCGCUCCUACACCCACGAUUGAAGUCACGUCCGACGAGCAGAAAGACGAGGCGUCUACUUCCCUUCCUGAGACCUUUGCGCAAAAAGCACGCAUUUCUGCUCCUGCAGCCACCACACCACAAUCCGCACGACCUCACGAACCCUGGCCUGCAGAGUCAGCAUUCCCAGCGCCCUUCCCUUACUACUCACUCGAUGCCGAAUAUGAAACCCUCGGGACCUCUGCUCCCGAAGUGCCUCAGAACGUGCGCAUAAUGGAUAUUGAUGGCGAAGGCUCGGGAAGUGGUGGAGGCAAAGAGGACAAGGAGAUCUACGAAUCCGCUCACGACGCAACUUUCCAGAAAUUUGCGGACCGAGUGGGCGAAAAUCCGGAACAGAUAUUGCGUUACGAGUUCAAGGGGAAACCGCUGCUGUACAGUGAUGCAGACGCUAUCGGCAAGGCUCUCGCUUCGCAUUCCGAGAACGGUCCAUCUUCGAAUGCAAAGGUACAGACGGCUGGGAGGGGAGGAGUGGGUAUGCCGCGAUGCCAGAAUUGUGGUGCUGACCGAGUGUUCGAGGUCCAGCUUACACCGCACGCCAUCACUGAGCUCGAGGCAGAGGAGAUGAGCAUCGACGGUAUGGAGUGGGGCACUAUCAUCAUGGGCGUCUGCAGCAAGGACUGCAAGCCUAGUGAUGUUGAGGAGGGACAGGUCGGGUAUGUGGAGGAGUGGGCUGCUGUGCAGUGGGAGGAGGUUGCAUCUAAGAAGUAG